AUGGGCUCCUCCUCCUUCUUCUUCCUCUUCUUUUCUUCCUCACUUCUUCCUUAUCUUUGCAUCUCAGGUCCCAUCAGUAAUCAAACCAUUGAACCACCCUUCACUGCUUCACAUUUCCAAUUCAUUGACCAAUCUGGUGCGUUCUUGAUCUCUUCUAAUGGCAAGUUCCAAGCUUUCAUAUCCGAUUUCAAAGAAGAGAAUUCCCAAAAUUAUUUCUUCAUCGUUCAUGUUGAAUCCGAUUCUAUAGUUUGGACAGCAAACAGGAAUCACCCCAUUUCUGAUUCUGAUAAGUUGUACUUGUCUACAAAUGGUCUUGUCAUUAGUAGGACUGAUAAUUCUGGUACGACAACUGUUGUAUGGUCAACACCAACAUUGAGCUCAAGUUCUCAGGUUUCUGUCAUGGAGCUUCAGGAUUCAGGAAAUCUUGUAUUACUGGACAGAAACAAUGUUUCUUUAUGGGAGACUUUUGAUCAUCCAACUGAUACUGUGGUCAUGGGACAGAGUUUGGCUGUUGGGACGUCAUUGGAUUGUGAUAAGAGUGGGAAUGACUGGGCAGUUGGUGACUACAGGCUUGUAGUUACUGGUGCUGAUGCUGUUUUGCAGUGGAAGGGAAUGAGUUAUUGGAAGCUAUCAAUGGAGCCAAAAGGUUCUCAGGAUUCCAAUUCGCCUGCCUCAUUUUUGGCCUUGAAUGGUGCAGGUUUGUUUUUGCUUGGAAGUGAUAGAUCAACUGUUGUGAUUAAGAUCAGUUUGGGUCCUGCAGAUUUUAGACUUGCCAAGAUAGAGUCUGAUGGGAAGUUUAGUGUUAGAAGAUUUGUUGAUAAAAAUUGGGUUGAGGAAUUCAGAAGUCCUUCUGAUGAUUGUCAGAUUCCUUUCAUUUGUAACAAAAUGGGGUUAUGCACUAGUGGAAGAUGCCUUUGUCCACCAAAUUUCCAUGGUGAUCCCUUCUCGAAAGGUGGCUGCACGCCAACGGAUGCUUCACUUGCUUUGCCUUCAGGUUGUAAUAAUAGAACAAAAUUAAAUUCUUCUGUUUUAUAUGUCAAGUUAGACUUCAGAAUGGACUAUUUUGCUAAUGGUUUUAUGGCUCCUGCAAAACAAGACCUCAGUUUGUUGGCUUGUCAAGAUCUUUGCACGCGAAAUUGUUCUUGUUUAGGCAUCUUCUAUGGAAAUUCUUCAGGUUCUUGUUAUGUCCUUGAAAACCCCUUGGGUUCUAUCAUGGCAGCCUCUAAUUCCAACCGCGAUCGCUUAGGCUACAUAAAGACUAUAGUUGUAUCUUCGCGUGCAGACCCAGAUGCAAACACUAAAAAAAUUCCAAUUGUAGGUUUGGUUCUAUUUCCUUCAUCUGGGAUACUUUUGAUUAUCAUUGUUGCUUUAGGAUUCCAUUUUUGGAGACGGAACAGACUGUCUAGAACUGCUAAAAAGAAAUCAGGCCAUGGCGAUUCUUAUUCGUCUGAGCUUCAGAUAAUUUCUAUCCCCGGUUUGCCAGUGAGGUUUAGUUAUGAAGACCUUGUGGCUGCAACAGAAAAUUUUAGAACUCAAGUUGGUAGUGGAGGCUUUGGAACUGUAUACAAAGGCACUCUGCCUGACAAAACCAUUGUGGCAGUUAAGAAGAUUACCAAUGUAGUAAGGGGAAGGAAAAACAGUACUGUACAGACGCAAAGCCAAAGCAUGGAGAACGAUAGCAGCGAAGGAAAUGGAACGUCUUCAGCUUCUUCAGGUUGGGAACCUAGGCCUACAUAUUUCCCCCUACUUGCUCUAGAAAUGCAUCUGAAAGGAAGGUACUUGGAGCUCGCAGACUCCAAGCUUGAAAGGCGCUUGACGAACGAGGAGGUUGAGAAGCUAGUAAAGGUGGCCUUAUGUUGUUUACACGAAGAUCCUAUGCUAAGGCCAGCUAUGACUAAUGUUGUUGACAUGUUGGAAGGUCUAACUCCUCUAACUGAGCCAAGGCAGGAAUCAUUAAAUUUCUUGAGAUUCUACGGCAGGAGAUUUAGUGAGGCAUCAAGAAUUGAAGGGUCAAAUGAGCAAAAUGAGUUUGUAUUGUUCCCUCCUGCAAACCUUACAAGUGGUACUGGUAGUUCUUACAACUCAAUGUCUUAUAUGUCUGCACAACACCUUUCUGGUCCAAGAUAG